UCUUGGCGCGGGUCURCAAAACAGUCAGAUCAAACAGCYACACAGCAGUAUUGGUUACAAGGAUUGCACUGUAGGGAAYAUYUCUUUUAUAAAGUAUGGAUGACACAAAKCAAUUACAGCUCAAAAAGCAAAAGCGUGCUCUCGUUAACAUGGACUGCCUAAGGAUACCAUUGGCCAUGUUUAACUUCUUUUUCUGGUUGUCAGGCGUUGCUAUGAUAGUAGUCGGUGUGUGGACUCUUUAUUAUGAGGAAGAAUACCAUCUGUUCCUAGAAAGCGCUAGAUAUCUUAUAAUUGUUGGAUUGAUGAUUGGCAUUGGAGGCGUGGUAGUACUUGUGUGUGUUUGCGGUUGCUAUGGAACGUAUAAAGAGCACCGUUACAUGCUGCUAACGUUCUUGAUUAUGCUGUCAAUCAUAUUUAUAAUACAGCUUUCUGUUGGCAUCGUAGCUUUUGUUCAUAGAUCAGAGUUCAAUUGUUGUGGUGAUGCUACUUAUUCYACAUGGAAUGCGUCAGCCUGGAGACGAAGCGAAGUCAGUGGAAAUAACUCGGUACCGGAUUCGUGUUGUAAAACACCAUCUCGAGGCUGCGGAAAAAGAGAUCAUCCAUCCAAUAUCAACCGCGAGGGAUGUCUUGGUAAGCUAACAGGGCUAUUCCAAACACAUCUAGAAGUACUUGGUGGUGUGCUUAUAGGAACAGCGGCCUUACAGCUGAUUGGGAUUUUGAUGACUGUAUGUGCUCUGCGGUUUGUUGAAGACUACUAUUAGCACAGAGCAAGCGARUCGAUCUGUCUUAAUAUCAUGAGAAAAACAAAAUAGUGAAAUUUUCUUCACCCUCGUAAAUCUCGAUUUCCAAUAACUUCGUUCCCAGCUCCUCUGUUGGAUAUUGUUCAAAAUGACAGAGAAGGCCCUGGUAUCGACCGAUCACGUGACACGCAGCUUAACUGGAUGUUCUCACGGAAUACUUCAACAUAUUGAUACAAAACAGACCAAUUAAAAUCCUUAUUUGACUGGCCGAUACCAGGGGCUUUAUUUUUCUCGCGACCAUGAGAACGAGAAAGGACUUGUUGUUUAUAUAUUAUGUCUUCAAAUAAAUAUUGGACGCUUUAAAUCAUCAAUUCCAGAGAACUAUACCGCUUUUUGAAUUAUAAUUUUUUUUGAAUUGUAUAUUUCUAAAUCAACAUGUUGAAUUGUUAUCAUAUCAGAACUAGUC